AACGUUUGGCCGAUUGUGUGCAAUCAACUUCUUCACAGCAGAUUUUCCACACAGGGUUUUUUGUAAAUUAUGUAAUUGGAGGAUGUGCAACCUACUUCAGCCUGUGUGAAACAGGUGAAGCAUUAAACCUCAGAGCUCACAGUGCUCAGGCUUCAAACAAGGCAACGCUAAGGAGAAGGAUGACGGACGUAGAGAACCAAAACUUUCAGAGUGACCCUAGCCAUGCAACGACAGCACCAAUGUAUCCUCCCCCUCCAUACAUGCCCCCUCCUUAUCCUACGGGCCCUGUAAUGUACCCCCAACCUGUUCCUGCACAAAUUGGCUUUAUCCCACCUGAUCUGCCACCGGAAGAGGCAGGCGUCAGCAAAACAGCAGACCCAAACCCGGCAGAUGUAUCCCCACCUGAGGAACAUCAGCCGUUCAUGUCAUCAUUUGAGGAUGACACCAUUAGGAAAGCGUUUAUCAGAAAGGUGUUCAGUGUGGUAACGAUUCAGUUACUAGUAACUUUCACUGUAGUCUGUGUGUUCACCUUCUCAAAAACGGUCAAGACUGCAGUUCAGGGUAACAUCUGGGUGUACCUCAGUUCAUACAUUAUCUUUGCAGUGGUGUCCAUGUGUCUUGCCGUGUGCUCCACAUUCAGUCGCACACAUCCUUGGAACCUGUUGGGACUGUCAGUGGUCACACUGAGUCUGUCCUACAUGGUGGGAACUGUAGCCUCCUAUCACAACACAGAUGCUGUGGUGAUCGCUUUAGGGUCGACUUUGGUCAUCUCAUUCACCAUCAUCAUCUUUUCUGCCCAGACUCGUUUGGACUUCACCGUUUGUAACGGCAUUCUGCUCAUACUGGCCGUCGACUUCCUCAUGUUUGGAUUCUUCAGCAUCUUUUUCUACUCCCGUGUUCUGCAGAUUCUCUACGGAUCUCUGGGAGCCCUUCUUUACGCUUUGUUCCUGGCAGUGGACUGUCAGUUGGUGAUGGGGAGGGAAAAAUACAGCCUUAGUCCUGAAGAGUAUGUCUUUGCUGCCUUAAUUCUCUACCUGGAUAUCAUUAUGAUAUUCCUCUACAUACUUAUGAUUAUGGGCGGAGGCUCCAAAAAUUAAACCCACACUUGCACACCUUGUGGCACUCAAAGUCUGCACAUGCCUGGAUGAAAUUUAACCUUUCGACCAUGUUACGUGUCUGUUUUGCCUUCUUUACUAUUCAUUGAUCUUGCUACUUGUAUCUGGUUGUUUCCAUUUACUCAAGUUUCACUUUCGUUUUCUUUUCGUUUUCAGCAGAUAAUCUUUUUGUUUCCGUUUGUUGAUCAUAACUUUUUUUAAGUCUGCUAAAUGACAUGAAGACUUCUACUAUGGUGACAAACACCCUAAUGAUGUGAAUCAUGAAAUACUUUAACAUUUAUAUGCCCCUGUAAUAAUAUGACUGCUUUCUUAUUUAUGCUUUUUUAUGAAAUCAAUAAAGUGUGUUUCCUUUUGUCAACAACAUCAAAAAAAGUUUAACAUGCACGUUUAAAGGAAAAUAUGCUCAAAUCUUUUAGCCUACACAUAUUGCAUUUAAAUCCAAUACAUGUUAUUUUGAUUGUCAAUAAUAAUAUACUAUUCCUCUAGCAUUAACAAACUUUUUCUAAUCAGUAAUGAGUUUAAAAGUUAGAUAUACACUGUCGGUGUAAGAAAACACACUCUAGGUAUUUUGAAUAAUUAAUUAUUUCACGACAGCUAAAAAAAAAAAAA